AUGACUCAACCAUCUCCCAAUCUAUUGUUCACAGUGCUAAGGAAGCAACCAGAACUUAUAGCGCCGGCUAAGCCUACUCCUCGUGAAGUUAAGGAACUAUCUGACAUAGAUGACCAAGAAGGCUUACGUUUUCAGAUUCCAUUCAUACAAUUCUAUGGUAGCAAGGCGUCAAUGAAAGGGAAGGACCCAGUUGAAGUGAUUAGAGAGGCACUAGCACAAACUCUAGUGUUUUACUACCCAUUUGCGGGUAGGCUUAGGGAAGGUCAUGGUCGAAAACUUGUGGUGGAUUGUACUGGGGAAGGUGUUCUUUUCAUUGAGGCUGAUGCUGAUGUCAGACUCCAGCAAUUCGGUGAUGUUCUUCAUCCACCAUUUCCCUGCUUCCAGGAGCUUCUGCAUGAGGUUCCUGGCUCACAGGGAAUAACUAACUGUCCCCUUCUAUUAAUACAGGUGACGCGCCUCAAGUGUGGUGGUUUCAUUUUCGCCAUUCGGUUGAAUCACAGCAUGAGCGACGGAUCAGGAAUUGGAAAAUUUGUGAAUGCUUUAGCUGAAAUGGCUAAUGGUGCAAAUGAACCCUCCAUUAAACCAGUGUGGUGUAGGGAGCUUUUGAAUGCAAGAGACCCACCAAGAAUUUCACGCACCCAUCCCGAGUACGAGGAUGUCAUGGUGGAAAACAAAGCCAAUGGGAGCACGACCCCAUCAUUAAACGACAUGGUGCAGCGUUGUUUCUUCUUCGGUCGUACUGAAGUAGCUGCUAUUCGUCGUUUGGUUCCCAAACAUCUUGGUAGAUGCACCACAUUUGAGUUUGUCAUAGCAUGCAUGUGGAGAAGUCGAGUAAGAGCAUUACAACUUGACCCUGAUGAUGAUGUACGAUUCAUGUACGCUGUUAACAUUAAUGCCAAGGUUAAUCCUCGAUUACCUGUUGGUUAUUACGGUAAUGAGUUUGUGUUCUCGGGUGCGGUAACCACAGCAAGAAAGCUUAGUGAAAAUCCAUUUGGGUAUGCUUUAGAAUUGGUUAAGAAUGCAAAAACCAACGUUGAUGAGGAGUUUGUGCGCUCCUUAACCGAUUUGAUGGUGAUUAAGGGACGACCACUUUUUGCAACGACAAGGUCCUAUGUUGUUUCGAAUACUAAUGGUGCUAGGCUCGAUGAAGUGGAUUUAGGGUGGGGCAAACCCAUUUAUGGUGGGCCAGCCCAGGGUGGAACAGCGAUCUUUUCUGAAACGACAAGUUUGUACUUUUCGUAUAAAAAUAACAAAGGAGAGUAUGUCAUAGUGGUGCCAAUCAGCUUGCCAGCCAAAGCCAUGGAGAGGUUUGAAAAAGAGUUGGAUGGUAUGCUUAGAAACCAUAGCCAACCACCUCAAAUCUCGUCUUCGUUGUGA